AUGAUGAGUUUAGUUUUACCUGAUGGUUACGUCGUCGAUUUAUUAGGUCCAUUUUAUGGGAAAAAUAACGAUUCUUCUAUUACAAAAGAAAUCUUGCACACCUGUACAAACUUAUCAAAUCUAUGUCAAGAUGAUGAUAUUCAAAUAGUGGACCGAGGGUUCAGAGAUGUUGCUGCUGAAUUUGAAGCUCUUGGUUAUGAUAUGAAAAUGCCUGGUUUAUUAGACAAAAAUGACAAACAGUUAUCUACAAAUGAUGCAAAUGAAUCACGUUUAAUCUCCAAAUGCAGAUGGGUGGUGGAAUCGUUUCAUGCCCGAUUCAAAAAAUGGAGAUUCUUUAGUGAACGUAUUGAUCAAUCAUUUUUGCUUAACAUUGGAAAAUUAACUCGUAUUGUUGCUGCUUGUCUAAACAAAUAUCGUCCUGUGCUAUAUGAUGCUAAUUCUGACCACGACAAAGCUAUUGUACAACGAAUCAUUGAUCUAUUAGAUCGACAAAGUACAUUAGAAAAAUUAGUUUCUAGUAAUCAGUUGUCAUUAAGAACAAAUUGA